AUGAUGACAUAACCUAAAUUAAAAUUGAACAGUAGUUUGAUUCAUACAGAACAUACAGAAGGAAAAUGAAACUUCUGAGGAGUACGUUUUGUUUAUUAAAUUGCAACAGAAAUGAAAUGUUUCAACGCAUAAAUCGUUUCUUUAGUGAUUCAAAAAUUAAUGAUAAAAAACCUGAAGUAGACCUGAAAGAGCAAAAUACCAAACAAAUACAAGAAGAAACAACAUCCGAGCGGCAGAUUGUCAGUCCGGAAAAAACAAUGGAAAGUGGCAUUGUAAUAUCGGCAUAUAGCACAGUUGGAUUUCGAUUAAAUCGUGUAAUUAAAGUAAUCGGACCAAUAAUUGUGUUUCCGAAAACCGUAUUCUCAUGGCAUAUUGAAAGUUUUGACCGACUAGAUUCCGAUUCACUGAUGAUGUUUGGACUCAUACAACCACGAAUCGAAACAUUAAUUAUUGGCGCUGGAAAUUAUGAAACAUCUACAUCAGAAAUGGGUAAAAAUAUAUUGGAAAUAUCGCAAAAACAUAAAAUUAAUGUAGAAGUUCUUACAACUGAAUUGGCAUGUACACAAUUCAAUUAUUUGAAUGCCGAAGGCCGAAUGAUAGCAGCAGCUUUAAUUCCACCAAAAGACACACUUUUUGGAGAUGACGAUAAUUUCCAAUCAUUAGAUUUUGAUAAUAAACUGUAUUCAAUCGAUAAAACGCACAGUUCAGCAAAUGAUCUAGCUCAAAUUUUUACUGGAAGCAAAAUAAAUUGAAUAAUUUUUGUGUGUGUGUUGAAAUCUUUAAUAAAAUGAUAAAUGUUGAUGA